GGCUCUGUUAAGCCGUGUCUGUCAUAGCGCCUCGGCGUAUCUCUUGUCGAGAGCGAUUCCUCAUUUUCUCCCAGGGCUGCUGAGCAUAGCGACUUCUCCGCGCAUGCGUCCACCAAGGAUGGGGGGGUGGGUUUUACAUAAAUGGAUUCAGCCGCCGAACGGAGACGUCAGAGCCUUUGCUGACGUUUCUUGAUUCCGCCAGUCAGGAUUGUGAAGGGAGGGCGGUCUUCCCGGCGCAUGCGCGGUGUGUUCAGUAGGCAAAGCAUGGAUUUCCCUUCGGCUCGCCAGGCUGUUUUGAACGUGCUGCGGGGUGCGCGGGCUGGGGAUCUGCCCCGCCUGCUUCAGUGGAUGAGAACAACCAGUAAGCAACGUUUCUCCUCGGGUCUUAUCAGUUUCUCCACUGCCUGUUUCUUCCUGCGCUUGCAUUACAGUUUUCUUAUGAGCGAGACCUGCAACAAAAUGUUGCAGCAUGGGGUGUUCUUCUUCAGGAUAUCCCUCCCCCAAUUCAGUCACCCCCAAUAAUCGCUCAACAUUCAGGGCCCACUGAGUAUGCUCAGUCAUCGACCAGUAGUUUGGGGCCGUCUUCCCUCCCUUGCCCAAUUUAGUGUGUUGUUUUGGGUUCCACCAAGCCUAAUAAUAGUUUGCAUGUUUCAUGUUCCCAGUCAGUACACCUCUGGAACCAGGUUGUGCAAAAGCGCAGGGGUCAGGACUGUUUCCUUCAUGAUCAGCUUUCUGUCGCAGGCAUCUGAUGGCUGGCAUGAGAAGCACGAUGCUGGACCUAAGGGCCAUGUACUGGUUUUGGAAGCCAAUGCAGACUUAAAAUAGCAUGUUCUUCAUAUUCGGGCUGCAAAAUCCUGUAUUUUGAAGGCGAACCUGAAAAAUUGGGGGAAGUUUCCUUUUUGAUAUCAAGAUGCUUUCAAUAUGUUGAGUACAGUGGUACCUCGGGUUAAGUACUUAAUUCGUUCCGGAGGUCCGUUCUUAACCUGAAACUGUUCUUAACCUGAAGCACCACUUUAGCUAAUGGGGCCUCCUGCUGCUGCCGUGCCACCGGAGCACGAUUUCUGUUCUCAUCCUGAAGCAAAGUUCUUAACCCGAGGUAAUAUUUCUGGGUUAGCGGAGUCUGUAACCUGAAGUGUAUGUAACCCGAGGUACCACUGUAUUUAGCAAUACCUGAUGAAUUUAUAACCCUUGGGCAACUUGAUCUGUUAUUAACAGCCAAAAAACAAAAAUGCAUUAUCAAUUAUCUAUGCAUUUAUUGAUCAUAACUGCUUAUAAGUGCAAGGUAUCAAUGUUAUACCUCUUACCAACAUUGAUUACCUGUGCUGAAAUCACAUGUCAAAACACUUCAGACUUAAGUGUGUGUUGUUUUUAAGCGAAGCACAGACUAUAAACCAGGGUAAAGGAACCUGUGAUCCUUCAUAUAUUGUUGGAUUACAAACCUCCUUCACCCCUGAUCAUUGGCCAUGCUGUCUAGGAUUGAUGAAAACUGGAAACUUAGCCACAUCUGUUCCCCAUACCUGGCAUAAACUGCAGAAAUGUAGAAAAACUUGUCACAUAAUUCCUUAAUAUGCAUUUAUGAAUAUAACUAAUAAUUGAAAUUACUCAGCAUCAGUGCACAUUUGCAGUAUGGAAAGCCAUUAUCUGUUAUUUGCUUCAUCCCAAUAGUGGUCGUCCUCACAAUGUUGGUACUGCUGUGUUAGGUUGUUGAAACAGUCAUGUUCUCUAACACAUGUAAAGCUGGUAAUGGGUACGUUGCUUCCAUCUUGAACCUGAAAACAGUUGUCCUCAAAGAACAUUUGCAAUACACCAGGCAGAAGAACAAGGGAGGUAGUACUUUCUUCCAGGAUGAAUGUCAUGGCAAGAGGAAGAUUUUUGGCCACAACCACUAACUAAAGAACAAGUAGUAUUGGGGAAUGUAUCCUCCUCCCAAAAAAUGCACUGCUCCAGCUGUUGGUUUCUUUGGGAGUCUCUGGCCUUUGUUGUUGGCCAAAUGAACAGGGAUGUGUAGUUUGGGUUAUCUUAAUAUAGACUUUGAGAUCAUUUGAUAAAAAUAUUUUAAAAUAAAAUAGCAUUACAAGUUGUCAUUUUGGAUUCAUAUUAAUAGAUCAGAUAACCAGCGGGUGAUGGAUUUGAGCUCAGCACAUUGAAAAAUAUGGAAUCAUCAACAUCGACACAGCCCCUUACUUGUACCUGCUUUCCAGAUGUUCUUUGGCACCCUGAUUACAGCUGGUGUGAAUUUUUUCUCUGGUCAGCUAGUGUUUGGAUCUUUGCAGCACUGCCACACAAUGGCAUUGUGGUGCUGCUAUUAAGAAUUAUUGGGUGGCUGCAUCAGUGACAGUUUGUGACCAGUCUUGCUUAGAAAACGCUAAAAUACUUUUUCCUUUCCCAUACGUAGUAAAAAAGAGGAGUAUUAUCAACUUCUGCCAAAUUACAGAAACCCCAUGGUUUUAUACUGUAAUAGAAAUAGACAGUGCUAUCUUUAGGCAGCUGCUUAGCAACCCUUCCUUCACUGUUGCGCAGUUGGUGUGGUCUUCCCACAAACUGUGAGGUGUAUGUUGCUAAAUUUACUGAUGGCUUAAAUUCAUUUUUCCCAUUAUGGUGCAAAUGAGCUCAAAUACAGCAGAAAUAAAGUUUGGAAACAGCACCCUGAAAUCAUCCAUCUAUUUAUUUAUAUAUUUAUAUUAUAUUAUAUUAUAUUAUAUUAUAUUAUAUUAUAUUAUAUUAUAUUAUAUUAUUUAUUAUAUUAUAUUUGCAUCCUAUCUUUCCUUCAUGGAGCUUGAGGAGGUAGCAAAUACGAUUUUCCAUCCUUCCAUUUUAUCCUCAGAAGAACCCUCUGAAGUAGGUUAGACUAAGAGACAGUAACUGACACAUGGUCAGCUUAAUGGCUGAGGGGGGUGGUUUGAGCCCUGGUCUUAGUCCACCACUUUAACUACUACACCACACUGGCUGAACAGAUAUGAAUAACUAUUGAACAGACGACAGGCACUGAAUGACUUUAACAUCUGUGCUGGGCCCACCUUGGGAUGGCCAGCUUAGAACUUCAUGUAACUAUGACAACAAUGGGACUUGGCCUGUAUACUACUGGCCUAUAUUCAGCAGGGAAAACUCUGGAUCUGGUCUUUGUUGCUGGGUUAAUGAUCUGGAAUUGAGGGUAAUACACCAUGUGGUAAUACAUAUUAAGGCCUUCUCUGUGGCGGUACCCCAAUUGCAGGAUAUCCUCUCCCUGGAAACUGAGUAGCACCAAUGCUUUUGGCAUUUCAGUUCCAGGGGAAGACCUGGUUGUUUGCCAAUACAUUUGUGGGAUGUUGGACUGCUGCUGUAAUACUGGGUGUUUUUAUGACUGAACUUUUAAUGCCAUGUUUUUAACCUGCACUUAACUAUCUGUAAUUGCUCUUGUUUUAUGUUGUAACCUGCCAGGAAUCACAUAAUGAAUUGCAAGCUAAAAAUACAUUUAAUAAAGGGAAUAUGUAGGCCACCUCUACUUCCAUCUUCGAGACAAGGGUAGGUUACCCUUUAUCUCAAUCAUCUUCUCAAGAAACAUUUGUGCUGUACUACUAGUUUGCAUAUGGGAAUGGAGUCUGCACAUAUCUGCUGAGAAGGAAAGCCCAUUGAAUUCAAUGGGUUUUACUCCCAGGUAACUCUGCAAAGGAUUAUAAGCAAGACAUGUUACAGCCUUAGAGAAUGCAUCCUGUUUCUUUUCUUUCUCCUGAAGGAGAGUUUUACAACUGAUGUAUUGGGAUCCUGGUUUCAGAUUUCAGAAUACUGGAGGGCAUCUACCCUAUUCACCUGGAUUUUGGGUGGGGCAGCACGCCUUUGCUGGAGAGACAAAAAUAGCCUUUGCUUUGUUCUAUUGCUUCUCUAGUUAGUGAAGUGCCGUAUUUUUUGCUCUAUAACACGCACCAGACCAUAACACGCACGUAGUUUUUAGAGGAGGAAAACAAGAAAAAAACAUUCUAAACGAAACAGUGGAUGUAUGAUUUUUGUGGUUCAUGCUGUGGCCACAGACAUGUAAUCUGACGGUGAGUUUGGGGUAGCCCAAUGCAAAAAUCCUGAGGAUCCAUGUGGAUCCAUGCUAAAGUCGCCCUAAAGUCGCAGGGGCGCUGGGGGAGUGAACGGGAAGCAAGAGAAGGAGAACGAUGCCUCACACAGACACACAGAGUAUCAAUCCUAAAGUCGCAGGAGAGCGCAGGGGCGCUGGGAGUGGGAAGCAAGAGAAGGAGAACGAUCCCCCCCCCACACACACAGAGAGUAUCAAUCCUAAAGUCGCAGGAGUGCGCAGGGGCGCUGGGGGAGUGAACGGGAAGCAAGAGAAGGAGAACGAUCCCUCUCACACACACACACACACACAGAGUAUCAAUCCUAAAGUCGCAGGAGAGCGCAGGGGCGCUGGGAGUGGGAAGCAAGAGAAGGAGAACAAUCACACACACACACACACACACACAGUAUCAAUCCUAAAGUCACAGGAGAGCGCAGGGGCGCUGGGAGUAGGAAGCAAGAGAAGGAGAACGAUGCCUCACACACACAGACACACAGAGAGAGAGAGUAUCAAUCCUAAAGUCGCAGGAGUGUGCAGGGGCACUGGGAGAGUGAACGGGAAGCAAGAGAAGGAGAGCGAGCCCUCACACACACACACACACAGAGUAUCAAUCCUAAAGUUGCAGGGGCGCUGGGAGUGGGAAGCAAGAGAAGGAGAACGAUCACACACACACACACACAGUAUCAAUCCUAAAGUCGCAGGAGAGCGCAGGGGCGCUGGGAGAGUGAACAGGAAGCAGGAGGAGGAGAACAAUAGCUCAAGCACACACACACACAGCCCCUACAGUGGCUAAUCCAAAAUCGGACAGCAAAAAACUGCAGGCAGUUUUUGUUUUAAAGCAGCCAACCCCGCUCUGCUUCUCUCCCUCCUCCCCUGCUAGGCUGGCUGAAAAGCUUUGCUGCUACUUAGCGAGCUCAGUGGGGAGGAGAGAGGGACAUAGAGCACGGGGUUGUUUUAAAGCAGCCAACCAGCCAGGAGCCGCUUACACUCGUGUAAGCGGCUCCUCUCCCGCUCUACUUCUCUCCCUCCUCCCACUUAACACCCUUAGCAAACUUCAAAUUCCAGGAUUCUUUGGGGGGCAGAAAUGUAUGCUGCCAUAGUUUAGGCAGGAAAGCCCCUCAAAACCCAUCAAUACCAGCUAUUGCACAUAGAUGCUGCCCUCAUGUUACUGGUGAAUGUUGUCAGCCUACAGUCAUGAGCUGACACCUGGCAUAGGGUGGUAGUUAAGCUGAGGGGAGGUGCUCUCUCUGCUAGAGUAUGUAUGUUGCAUUAAAGGUAAAAGGUAAAGGACCCCUGGACGGUUAAGUCCAGCCAAAGGUGACUAUGGGGUGUGGUGCUCAUCUUGCUUUUCAGGCUGAGGGAGCCGGCGUUUGUCCACAGACAGCUUUCCAGGUCAUGUGGCCAGCAUGACUAAACUACUUCUGGUGCAAUGGAACACAAUGACGGAAGCCAGGGCGCACAGAAACUCCUUUUACUGUACCUUCCCGCCACAGUGGUACCUAUUUAUCUACUUGCACUGGUGUGUUUUUGAACUGCUAGGUUGGCAGGAGCUGAGCAGAGCAACAGGAACUCGCCCCUUUGUGCAGAUUCGAACUGCCGACCUUCCGAUCAGCAAGCCCAAGAAGCUCAGUGGUUUAGAUCACAGCGCCACCUGUGUCCUGCUCAUCUUAUUACCAGGUGCUGGAAACUAAAGGAGAGUCGAGUGUGGUUGCACUCAGGUUUUGUUAUAUGACUUCCCAUGGGCGCCUGGUUGCCCACUGUGAGAACAGGAUGAUGGGCUAGAUGAGCCACUGGACAGAUUCAGCAAGUCUGUUGUUAUGUUAUUUUUAUUAGGCCUUGUUUUUCUCUGACCCAUAAAGGACAACCACAGAUUAUAAAGGUUUCUUACAUGUCUCUGCUUCCACAUUCCAUCCAUGAAAGGCGAUUGCUGCCUCCAGAACCAGGUCCAGGGAGCCAACUCUAGGGAAACUUGGCUCACAUUCUCUGCUUGAGAGGGAGAGAGAGAAUAAAGCGUGGGUGAAUUCACUCCUUGCUCUGCUCUUCUUGUGGGAGAGAGAGGUUUGGAAGAUAGUAUUACUUUCUCAUAGCAGAGUUAGCACAACGGUGAUUGCUCCAAGCACAUUAAAACUCCAUUAGAUUUUACAUCUGCCCUCAUUCACCUUUAAAUAUUUCCCACAAAAUACUUAGGCUAGAAUAAAUCACAGACACAGCAUUGUAAAUAAGUGAAUAUUUUACUCAGAGUUUCAGAAGUUACAGCAAACAACUCUCCAUUUGUUGGCAGUAAAGUAAGAAGAAAAGGUUCCAAAGGAAAGACAUUUGUCUUCUUACACAAAUGAAUCAUGCAGAAGACUCAGGCUGUAAAAAAAUUUCAGAGAAAUUUUUCAUUCAUGUGGUUUUUCUUCAGCUGGGAGUCAUGCUUGGCUCCCAGCUUCUUCAAGGAACACAGGGGUGGGGUGGGGGGUGAGGAAGCAAAGGCUGCUGGGAGCCUGCUGAGUUCCAUCCUUGUUAACUUGGGAUCUGAAUAACUCUUUCACGCACGUAAGUGUGCGUCAGCAACAGCAUAUUACUACAGCUUGUCUCUGAUAUUAUUUUCUCUUCAUGUGGCAGCACUUGUACACCAUCAGGAGAUAUCAUUUUAUCUCCUGAGUCCAGAGGCAUUUUAGGUUCUGCAGUGUGUUCUGGUAUGAAGGGUGUAUGGGAGCUCCUAUCAAGCCUAUUAUGGAGGUUUUUGCUGAGCUGAAGGGAAGCAAACAGAAUGGCACUUCAGUUCAGUUAUCUUGGUUUCAAUCUAGCUGGCUGAGGGGUGCAUUUUUUUCUGUCAAGGUUUUCUGUGUCAGCAUGAGGACAGUAAAAGUGCAUAUUCAACUUUGAGUCUGUAAUCCUUCUUGAAGAUCUUGUGGAAGUAGCAAAGAGUUGUUUGCUACCGGAGCACAUCUACUGCAUCUAUAUGCUUAGAAAGAUGGCUAAAUAAAAAGUUGGCUAAUUAUAGAGUUGCAUCCCAUUCCGUGCGAACAAACUUCCCCUGCCUCUCCUCUCACCUGCCUGCAGGCCACCAGUCCUCUUGAACAUAUUUUAAGAGUUCACAAGGAGCUGCAGCCAGGAAACCCCACUGUGUGGGAACACUUGCGCAAUGGCAACAUUGGGUAUAACCCAUGGCACUUUCUGUUGCCACACUUACAACAGCCACUGAGAUAGGAUGCAUUUUUAGCUCAUGUGGGAUUUCAGUUGUUGCUGGGUUUUGCCUGCCACUUUCAUACUGGAGUAACCGCAAGGUUUCAAAUUCUUUUUUUUUUCUCCCUUAGGAAAAAAACAUCUCCUCAAGAUGUUCCUUUAAUUGGUAAACUGGGUGGGCCUGUAUGACCAGUUUUGCAGUGAAAUGCUGGCCUCCACCUUCCUUCCCAAAAUACUGUAACUACAAAUAACGAUGCUUGAAACUACUUUGGGGAGUUUCUGAGCUAAGAGAAAUUGAUUUAAAAUAGUCUUAAGGUUCCAACCUUAAAAGUGUGUCAUAGCAGAAUUAUUUUGUGUCCGAGGUUUAAGUAGCUGGGUGAAAGGAAGGUGGCAAUGUUGCCGGUGCACCUUCAAUCCUAACAGUAUUCUUCCUGUUUACAGUUCUAGCCAGUCACUGCAUAUCAGCCAUGCCCACCUUUUAAAAGGCUUUUUGUACUUCUGCCCGCCUCUUGUAUCUCAGUGGUCUUGUUUUGUCAAGGGAGUUUGCUAUUAGAGGCAGUAAUUUUCAGGGAAGAAGAGGGUAAGCAAUAAUACAGAAGGUAGCCUGAGCUGAAAAAGUCACCACGUUGCAGAAAAUAGCUCUACAGGGAAUAAAAUGUAUAUUAACAGCCUGCAGGUCAAAUUCUUAGUUUUGGAGACUUUAUCACAUUGAUAUUUCAUACUGUUGAAGAUACCUCAUAAAUGUCACUACUGAGCUAUGCUUUCCCUCCAUUUUCCAUUAUUUUCUCAAUUACUGUUCCAACAAACCUUUGCUUAUACCUUUUUUCCAAAUAUGAAAUGUGUUUAAAAAUGUACAAGCAAGCAGUUGCAUGUUUUUGUCGUUCUUCCAAUACUUCAAAAGCAUCUUUGAUGUUUAAAUAGCUAAGUGAAUGAAAUACGAUAACUUUGGUGGGAGCAAAGAUUGCCGUGUUGGUAGGUUUCUACACCUUAAAGUAAAUCUUAAAAUAACUGAGUGCUUUUUGAAAUGUAAUGUCAUCGGCAUGUAAAUCUGUCGCCUAUAGGAAAAAUAAGCAACAAAAGUUGCGCAACAGCUCUUCAAAUAAAAAUCCUGAACAUCUGGAAUUGUGUGCAAAUCACUGUUGCAUUAAUAUUGUUGAUGCUUGAUAGUGCCACAUGAUUAUUUAUUUAUUUAUUUAUAUACAUAUAUAUUUUGUAGAUGACUUUGAUGAAUUCACAUCCAGUAACGAUGAUAUUAUUCUCAGAAGUAUUGCUGAAGAUCUUAGAGAUUGUUUGCCAAAAGAGGCCAUGCUCAGCUCCGAGCACCUUGCUCUCCAAAAAGUAAGUUUAGCCUUUGAGGCCUUCCCGUGUCAGAUGGUUUAGUGAUUUGGGUCCACCACUAGGGCUAUCAGGGACUUCUGUCUGAUGCAGGUUGCUGAAUGACCUGAUUGAGUCACUGUCAGAACUUGAGCCCAGGGCACCUGUCUUUAACAGCUCAAGAAAGAGAAGAACAGGGAAUAAGCUUUAACUGCUGAAGAAGUGUCCUUGUGCUGAUUGGCCCAGUGUAGGUCAGGUGAUGCUUGGUCAUGCUUAAUCAGCUAAGCAGCAAAAACAGAAUAAAACACUACAAAGCACUGAUCAAGUUUUCAAGUUACCCAGAAUUCUUCUUCUGCCGAAAUGUUCCUUUGGGGUCCCCCCCCCAUUAUGCUCUGAAACAUAUUUCUUCUCCCUCUAUUUCACCUAUCUAUCCUGAAUAAGAUAGGGACGCGGGUGGCGCUGUGGGUUAAACCACUAAGCCUAGGACUUGCUGAUCAGAAGGUCGGUGGUUCGAAUCCCCGUGACAGGGUGAGCUCCUGUUGUUUGGUCCCAGCUCCUGCCCACCUAGCAGUUCGAAAACACGUCAAAGUGCAAGUAGAUAAAUAGGAACAGCUCCAGCGGGAAGGUAAACGGCGUUUCCGUGCGCUGCUCUGGUUCACCAGAAGCGGCUUAGUCAUGUUGGCCACAUGACCCAGAAGCUGUACGCUGGCUCCCUCAGCCAAUAAACCCCAGAGUUGGUCACAACUGGACCUAAUGGUCAGAGGCCCCUUUACCUUUUAUCCUGAAUAAGAGUUUUGAAGAACUCAAAAGCUUGCUCACUGUGACUUCCGAGUUGAUCCUAAUAAAAACAGUAUACUGCAGUUAUUUUUGGAUCCCACCUCUCCAGAUGAACCAGAAUAGCUGGCUGCAAUCUUCAUUUGUUUUGGGCAAAAAUACUGAAUUUAGCUGCCUGGGAGAGGAAAGCUUAGAAUUUCUACCACCCAACAGUGGGACCUGGGUUAUGAGGGUUACAUGUCCUCUGCCUAUGGGGGAGCUAGUUUUGCUUCCAUUGGCUCCUCUUAAUGAGCUAAAAUUAGUCACUACCUUUCCUCAUAUUACUCCACAAUUUCCCCCCUUUUGCUAUUUGCUUUAUAACAAAGAUAUAUAUUCCAGCUAGCACUGAUGACAUAUUAAGUAUCACACAAGUAAAUGCUAUCUAUCUAUCUAUCUAUCUAUCCAUUUAUCUAUUUCUCAUUUAUAGCUGCAGAAACUCUGCCGCCUUCAAAGUGCAUCCUUAGUAGACAGCAAUGUGGGGUCUCCAAAUGAAACGCCUGGCCAUGAAUAUAACUCAUUGAUGCAGCAGUAUAAUAUAUAAUACUGACUCCUUAGACAGAGAAAACAUGUUAAAUUAGAGGUACAAAAUAGUGAGGAAACAGGCAUAAUUUAGGUCAAGGGUUCCCAAACUGUGGUUUGUGGACCACCAGUGGUCUGAGAGCUUCCCUCGGGUGUUCCAUGGUGUGCCUAUAAAAAUACAGUUAAAAUUCAUAGAGCACAGUGCAUUAUUAUUGGUUCAAUAGACUGGAAGAUCAUGAAGUGGCCAGCCAAGACUCACCGCAAUUUUCAAGUGGUCCUUUGUGGGGGCAGGGAAUUUUGGAACCACUGACUUACGUGCCGUGGAACAGAAAGUCUAGGGCUUAAAUUGUGUGCAGCUAGUACUGGGGAAAAUAUGCUGAUUAAUAUACAUGUUCAUCUUUAUGCUUCUCCUUCAGCUGCAACAGCAAACAAAACCCACAGUUCAUAUUGAUGCAUUCCUUUAUGAUGAUGACUGUAUUGACUCACUGUGUGAAGAAGGGAAGAUGAGCAGAUAUUACUGUCUAACAUGCGGCUCUCAUCGGACAGCACCAUUAGGUAAGUACAUAGAUGAUGUACUUGGAGGCCAAAUGACAGCAUUGGUCAAUGUGUGCCUAUGCAGUUGAUCCAAUGUUUUUUUCCUAAAUCAAAUAUGGAGUAGCUUCAGGUUUCAGUCAGAUGUGGAACUAUGCUUUUCAGAGUGAGCUGCGGAAGCAUCUACAAGUUAUUGUGCUCCCAGAUGAAAUGGGAAAUAAGGUGAAAGUCCAUUAAAAAAAGGAAAAUGGGUUUGACUGCAUGGUCUCGAUUUAUAUAGUUUAUUAACAAUAGUAAAGUAAUCUCCCUUUCAUCUUGCCACAGCAGCUACUAUGGAGAAAUUAUCUUAAUGCUGUUGAAGUGAGCUGAUUUUCCAGGUUUAUUUUGAUGCAUGCAAGACUUAACAUGUGUACAUGUAUUGUCUUGGAAGGCAGCACUUUGUGUUUUGUAGUUGUUUUUAAAAUUUGCAAUAAAGUUUAUAAAAAAGGAACAAAACCAAUAAACAUAAAUUAGCUUUUAAUUUUAGUUCAGGUAAAUCGGUGGGGUUGUUUAUGUCUUAGGUGUAACUUGUAACUAAAAUAUGUGUGUGUUUAUUAUACCAACAUUAAUUUUUCCAAUUAAAAGUGUGUUUGCUAAAACCGUUGAAGUUGAGCACAAACAGUUCCCUUUAGGGAGAAAGUUCCAAAGUCAGGAUGUCACUACAGAGAAGGCCCUAAGUUGCAUUCAGGGAAUGUCUGGAGGACAGAGCAGACUCACAGCUGCAGGUCCCCCCUUUCAAGCUCUGUACCGAUAGCUGGAAUGUAAAAACGAAGCCUGCACUUGUGCAGAGAAAAGCUUUGUAUGUGUAAUUAGGAACCCUGCCCUUUGCAAGUUUCUGUUUGCACAGAGAGAGCUCGUCUAUAUACCAGUUGUGUAUGCAUCCUAGGCUCUGUUCAGACUUUCAGUUGAACAUAUGGCAUUCUAGGUUGGAGGAUGUGGUCCUGAUUUCCCCACCAUGUGUUCAUAUGUGAAAAGGACUCUGAUCUGUUCUUCAUUUUGCUCACAGUUCUGUUCAAAGAACAACAUGAAGCAGACCCAUAGCACUUACUAGACAGUUAAGAUCUCGCAAAGUAUCAUUUAAACCGUUUACUCUUCAGUAGUUGCACUUAAUUUAUGCUAUAUUACUUAAAAUUGAGUGGGAAAUGUGUCCAAUGCUACAGUCUCACCCUGUAUUAUUAAGGUUACUUUUUAAGUAAAGAAAUACAAGAUUGUGUCCAGUUUGAUGUUUUACUCAAAAUCAUAAAGAUGUGAAUGUGGUGGGGAAUAUUAUUCUCAGCAGACAAGUGGAAAAAUGAUCAUUCUUGUUGGAAAGGUGUUUUAAUCCAUGUUCUGCUAAACAUUUGACAGUGUUUGAUGAUUGUUCCAGCAAGGUUGCAUAUUUAAAAUUAUUUUGCUCUUAUUUCCCAGAGUUCAUUUCUCAUUCCUUUUCCAUCUCGGAACUGAAGUUUCUCUUUCGGCAUGUACUGCCUGAUCUGACAGGAAAAGUGGUGGUUGACAUUGGUUCUAGACUUGGUGCGGUCCUCUUUGGGGUAAAACCCAGUCCAAGAAUUUGUUAACAAUUUCUGUGAUGUAUCUUUUUUCCUGUUCCUGGUGGUUAUUCUAUGCUUCUGUGCUAUGUGUUGUCCUGCAGAUACGCUGUUUAAUGUUAUAACCUACUUUGCUCAAAAUUUUGUUCACAACAUGAGUGGUAUAUUACUGGACAUCAUACUCCAAACCCAGAUAUGAUAUGACUACAUUCUCUUCUCUAAGCCAGAAAGACAUGGGUGCAAUGACAUAUUACAGCCACUUUGUUGUUAUAACUGCCCGAUAAGUCUCUGGAUAAUGAGGGGGGUUGGGCUGGUGAUACUUUUUUUGAGUUUUGGGCAAAUCCAGCUCAGGUUUCUUCAUCCCGCUCAAUAGUUAAAAGAAUUGUUUCAGCCGUUUAUAGGAAAUAGAUAUCAGGAAGCCAUUGCCCAGGUUCAGUUUUGCAGUCAUGUUUUGCUUCACCGUAAAGUUGACAUCUGUGUAUAAUUUUGGUUCUCAAACUUUGUGUGUGCCUUCCUAGGCUACAGCCUUAGGGGAGGGCUGGAAUUUAAUAGUAGAGCACAGGCCUCAGACACUGAACAGCUUCUGCAAGUCAGUGUAGAUACUUCGAAAGAUCCAAGACAGCCUCAUAUUUUAAUAUGUUCCCCUUGUUACCAAGAAAAAUCAGCAGUUGCUUACCUAGCUAAACUCUUCCUUAUCAGAAACUACAGAGAAAGUCUACUACUCCUCCCAAUUAUGUAGUAUCAUCAGGUAAUGUCUGUGUUGCUUGAGCAAGAUUUUGGCUUGUCUCCUGCCUGAACCUGAAUUUAUUAUAGUCAGUUCUUUGGUUACUGUUGUUGUAUUAUCUUAUGGUUUGAUUGACUGACAUUGAUCCCUUUUGUGCUCCUUCAGAUUUAGGAAGGCAGGAUAAGGUAAAGGUAAAGGGAUCCCUGACCAUUAGGUCCAGUUGUGACCAACUCUGGGGUUGUGGCGCUCAUCUCGCUUUAUUGGCCGAGGGAGCCAGCGUACAGCUUCCAGGUCAUGUGGCCAGCAUGACUAAGCCACUUCUGGCAAACCAGAGCAGUGCACGGAAACACUGUUUACCUUCCCACCAGAGCGGUACCUAUUUAUCUACUUGCACUUUGACGUGCUUUCGAACUGCUAGGUUGGCAGGAGCAGGGACCGAGCAACGGGAGCUCACCUCGUCGCGGGGAUUUGAACUGCCAACCUUCUGAUCGGCAAGCCCUAGGCUCUGUGGUUUAACCCACAGCACCACCCACGGAUAAAAACCCCUUAAGAAAUAAACAAAAGAAAAGCAUAGGACCAUAGCAUUUUAUCAAAAGGUCUUAAGGAGCUCUUUAAAAAUAUUAAGCUGCCCCCAUGGGCAUAAUCUUGAUCAGAAAGGGGAGCUUUUCUUCCUUUGAAUACCUUCCUGAACACUUGUGUAAAGGAUCCAGUUAUUUCUUAGCAUUCCCUUGUUUCCUGGAAUAACAAAUGAAGUAGAUGCAGUGUCAAUUUUUGCUAAAUUUAUCUUAAAUUAGAAACACUUGUUAACAUUUGGAAAGCUGAAGCACUUUAUGGUGUUAAAAAUGGAAUAUAUCCUCCAGAUAAAGCAUAACUCAUAUUUUUAAAAAUAGUUCUUUUCAUCAUAUUCUUUGCUUCUAUUUACAGAAGUGGCAAUCUGCCAUAUUUAAUCUGAAUAGAUUUUGUUCUCGCCAGCUGGUUAAGAGUUUCAGAAAGCUGUAAUAGUUAUCAUUUAGGGGCAUCUUAAUAUGUGGGUUUCUAGCAUUUGCCGUGUUAAAUCCAUAUAAAAGUUGAUCAAGCUUCUUGUGAAACAUUUAUUCUAAUUUAUAAGAUAAAUUAUUAUGGCAAGGUAAACUUCAUAUUGUUGGGCUAAACACUAUUUUGAGCACUUGCUACCAAGCCCUCUGGAACAGGGCCUGAAACUUUCUACGAUUCUUACAGUCUCAUCUUAUAUAUAUAUAAUUCAGUAAAGCUUAACAUUUCAUUUCAGUCCACCUAUAUAUAUAUCUGUCUAUCUACACUGGCUUUUCUUUUAGGGCUACUUUUAUAGCUCAGCGUCUCAGAUCUAUGGUGUUGAAAUGAAUGCAGACUUUUGCCGGUUGCAGGAAGUUAUCAUUGCAAAAUACCAACUUCAUGGAAGAAUAAAGGUAGUAACAUAUUUCUUAGUUUGUUUUAUUUACAGCGAGGUUUUGAACUAGCAAGUCAAUAUUCAUAGAAAAAUAAUGUCAUUGGAGUUGCAAUAUCUUCGCAGUAAUGCACAUACCUGGUAGGAUACCUCAAAUAGUUGAAGUUUGUAAAUGUUUUUGACUGAAACCAUCAUGUGAUUCAAACCAACUCCAUAGCAGCCUGUACACUCAGCUCUGGAGUUAAACGGAGGCUGGAGGAUAUUCAAUAUUAAUAAUAUUGAAACAAUUAAAAAGGUUUAAGAUGAUUUUAAGGUUUUCCCAUGACCAACAAGAAAAGAAUAAUAGUAUUUAGUAUUUGUAUAAUCAGAUGUUCCAAGCACUUUAUGUGUGCUAUCUUGUGGUAAUACGUAUAAUUCAAUAAGAAAGGUCAGUAUUUUUACACCCAUAUUGCAAAUGGGGAGGCUGAGGCCAAGAGUAAGCGGCUUGCUUAGGGUCAGGGUCAGGGAACCUCUGGCCUGCGGACCAACCUUAGCCCACCAGGUGUCCCUUUGGGCUUGUGAGACCAUUUUGGACAAAGCAGCCAUCAAUCAGCUGGUUGUCAGGAGUCAUUAAAGUGCUGUGCAAAGCAGGAACCCAGCACAAAGCAGUAUCACCCCCCCCCAAUCCGCUGAUAAGAUGGGAGGGAGCACUUCCUUGAUCCAGUUGUUCUCACCACUCUUUCGUUUCAGUAGCUGUUUCACUGUAAAGUGAAGCAGCUGCUGAAAUGAAUUGGGUGGGGAAGCCUUAGGUAGGAUUCACCAAAUGCACCCCAUCAGCAGAAGCACUGUGCAAAGCCUUCUGCUUGUGCAACUUGACUUUUUCCUCCUUUAUGCCACUGCACCUUCAAAAAAUGGCUUUUUGGGGGGAGAACCCCCAGAACAGUGGGGGGGGGAGGGGGCUAAUUUCAGUAUUUGAGAUUGUUGCCAGAUGAUCUUUCAUGUUAGAAGCUUACAGAUUUUCCCCCUUCAGGUACUUCAUGCAGACAUAUGUACUCAGGCGUCACUUCUUCAGAAUGCUGACAUUGUUGUGAUGAAUAAUGUUUUUGAAUAUUUCCUUGACAGCUCAGAACAGGCCAGGUAAGAUGUGUGUUCCUGAAUUUUUUAGAAACUAGGAAUACAUUCCUGAGGAUACAGUUAGACUUACACAUGUUUCUCCUCUUUUAAAAAGCUAGGAUUGAAAUGUAUAUUUAAGAAAAACGUAAGUUCCAGACUCUCAAACUCAAGUAGUUAUUAUGAAGCAAGUCGUUUAAGCGAUAUAUGACACAGCUAAUAAAGGAGUCCAGUGGACAAUAUUAGAAAACCUGGAAAGUGAUGGUAAUCCUAUAAGUGCAAAAGUAAAAAAUGAAGCUACCAGGCAGUUAACAACCUAUGAGAAAAUAAUAGUGGGAGGAAACAUAGUGGCGUAAUGUCUAAUUUCAUCCAUGCACAAAAUGAUUACAGAGGUACAAUUUUGCCCACAGCAAAAUUUAAGAAGUUGGUGGGUGGUAAAUUGGAAUUUAGACAUAGAGGAAGAAGAGUGGAAUAAAUUAUGGACGUAAGAGCCAUGCAAAUCCCUAUCAGCAACGACAAGGAAAAGAGCUCUCAAUAUAGUUGUUAAACUACAACACCUACCAGCCCCAACCUGCAAGGCCAGGAGGUUGAUGUGUUUUAGUCCCCCACAGCUGGAAGGCCACAGGUUUCACAUCCCUGUCCUCGCAGCAGCUGUGAUAAUAGUUGCCUCAAAUGAGAGCCAGCCAGCUUCCUCUCUUGUUAUGCAGUGGCAGAUAUGUGACAUUGCCUGAGGCUGGGAUUGCAGCUAUUAUUUGGCACAAGUUCCUUGACCCAAUUCCAGGCAAUUCAAUUAACACAUACACUGUGACCCUGGAUGACCCAUUCUACAAUGUUUGAUAAGCCCCACUAACCCUAUAGGCUUUUGGGGAUGGAGUACAGGGCUGUAGGAUGGAAAGAGAAAAUCCGUUGUAUUGAGGUGCCUUGUGCUUAUGCGAUGGUAGAUGCAACCUGUUCUACACAUUGGUAGUAUUUCUUUUUGUAUUUUUUCAAAAUACAGAUGUUUUAUAAAUCUGGUUAAUAUUAUUUCCCACAAACAGUGGGGUACACUCCAUAAUAAUAUUGUACUAUAAAAUAAUUUUGCAUAUAUGUCAGGCACAUAUCAAAGAGGCUGUAAUGCUCAUGCAGGCCAAGCUAAGCUUCUAGUAUUUUUCUCUCGGAGCACAAACGCCAAAUGAUGGAUGAUAAUAACUACACUUUGUUGGAACAUGUUAGUUCGUGCUAAGCGAGUAAUUUUCCAUAAGGGUUGCACAAGCAAGUGAAAUCUAAACUUACUUUCCCCUAGAUCCUGGAAAUUUAUCAUGCAAAAUGUAAGAAAGAAAGGUUCCUUAUUAGUGACGUUGCCAAGCCUUGAGAAAUCUCUUUCGGAGCUUCAGGUAAGUAGUUAUUUUUCAAACUUUUCUGCAGUCAAGUCUUUCCUUUUUAUGGAAAAAGCUUUUAUGGAAAAAGCUUCUGCAACAGAAGCCCUCCUUGUGUGUCCACCUCCUAGAUCAGUGAGGUUGGUGGCAAGAGAGAGGACCAUGGAGGUCCCAUGGCUUCCUGCCAUGGGUCUCGUAUUUGGCGCUUUGGGAAGAUCUGAGCAUAGUGCUAGCAAACUGCCUGUUUCUCCUCUCAGGUUCCUAACUAUUACACCUGUGAGAAAGAAGGACUAGGCUGGGGAGAAGCAACAUGUGUCAAUGGCAAGAUGAAAAUGUGAUUUUGAUCAGUUCACUGAGGGCCACAGUACUCUCAUUUGCAAUGAUAUAGUUGAGAGAGAUAGCAAUGUGUGAAUACUACCAAUACUGCAGUCCCAAAUCCCUCACAAGACAUGUACAUUGCAAACCUUACCUAUGUUAGUCCUGCAGCAGAAUAAUAUUUUAUUUUGAUAACCUUUUAUUACCUGCCUUCAUCAGUAGUCAAGAGGUCUGCGUGCACUGGAAAGCAGGUGCAAAUAUGAAAUUUUAAUUUCUUUUCAGGUCGACAUUCAGCUCAGCCAAUGGGUGGAAGCUCUGCCGUUGGACUACGAUAUGUUUUUCGAAGAAGUUGCUGAUAGAGAAGCACUUGAACAAAUUCACUUGUACAGAAUUCUCUAAUGCAAAUGUGUACUGAUAUUGAAAUUGCAUUGAAUUGCAGUUCUACAGUUCUUUUUUCAAGAAUUCUUAUUUUUAUUCCUGUUUUUCAUAAAGCAAACACAUAAACAAUGAGCAAUAAGAAUAACCCAAACAGAGAGGCAUACAAAAGCUCAAAUAAAGUUCUUCUUUUGAUAUAUCCAUUUUUGUCAGUGGAGUGAGUCCUUCCAUAAAGAGCCAUGAGUUGUCGGUGGGGUUGGAGUUGAGUGUGAGGAGGACACAAAUGAUAUAAAGCUGAACCUUAUUGUAUCAAAGUCAUUUUCUUGUCCUCUGCCAAUUUUUUGUCUGCCACUAAGGGAUCCCAAGCCCUCCUUGUUUGGUUCAUACAAUACAAUUUUUGAUAACCUGGAUAUUUUGCCAUUGAGUAUAAAUUAAUUAGUAGGAUUUUGUUUUGGUUUUUUUGCCAGUUUUGAAUCUUGUUGCGAGUUAGUGGUAAGGGUAGUACUUGGAAUAAGUAUGUCAGUGGAGGUAAUAUAUUCAUUUUGAUUGUUGCAAUCUUGCUUAACCAUGCUAUAUUUAAUUUUGACCAGUUCAUAAGCUCCUUGUAUAUCUUCCAUGAUAAAAGAUUAUAGUUAAAUUUUUCUAUUGGUUUUUAAUUCUUUAGUAUAAAAAUUUCAGUGUAUUUUAUAAUUUAUUGAUAUGCCUGUUUGUUCUGUGCUUUCUGUGUUUAUGUUAAAGCACAGAAUUACUGAUUUGAAGACCUGCCCAAAUGCUGUUAUUAAGUUCAUUCCUUAUAUUGAAGGGACAGAAUACCCAAAUCCUGUCUGUGAAAUCACCCCAGGCUUCAAUAAUCAACCAGGCCUCAAAACUGUCCAAAACUCCUUUUGUCUUCUAAAAAUCCAAAACAGCUUUUCUCUGCUCUUCUCUGCUUUUCUAACAAGAUGCUGUGGCAAAAGGCAAAAUGUUACUUUUAAAGGCUAAUGAAUAGGCUCUGUUCAUAGCAGGCCUGAGAAAUGAAUCUUAUCUCAUUCGGUUGCAACAUCUUAGACAUGCUGAACCACCAGGGCUCCUCGACCCACCCCCCUGUGGAUUCUCAUUCCCCCUUUCCUGGGAAGGGUGCCAAGAGUCCAAUAGUCCCAAGACAGCUUUCUGUUCAUGCUCAGAGGAACUCAUGGGCAGGACUCCUGAGGGAGGAGAAAAGAGGAGGGAACUGGAAAGGGGUAUAUAUGCUUGUGCACAGGACUGUGAAUUCGUGCAUGCUUUUUGUGAGUUAUCACACUUGCUCCUUCUACCAGUUCAUGGAUGGUAGAAAUAAAACCUUUUUCUCCGAAACUAUUCCUUGAGUGUCUGUUGACUCCCACUUCCCUUUCCCGG